AUGGCGGACACACAAGCAGCGCCAGCGCUGCCGACCCCGGCGCUAACGCCCACCCCAGCAUUGGAGACGGGUGCGAGCACACCGGCCGGGGAGCGGGAAGAUGUGGUUGUUGUUUUAACAGCUGACGACGCUGACGCAAGGGAGCGACUACUUGCUACGCGGGCUAUACGCCGGAUCGAAAGCGCCGCAAAAAGGAGGGAACAGGCGGGCGAGAAGCGGGAGGCGGGAGUGGCUGCUAUGCGAGCUCAGGAGUACGAGGCUGCAGCGGCGGCUUUCGGGGAAGCCUGUGCAUUAUGGCGCACGAAUCCGGUCCUGAGGUGUGACCUUGCGACCGCGUGGAUGCAUCUCGGCAGAUUUGAGGACGCGGAGGCCUCCGCCUCUAACGCUCUUAACCUUGACCCGAAGUUGGUGGAAGCCCGAUAUGUCCGUGGGAUGGCACGCAAGGGCCGUGGCGUGCUAAGAGCAGCCAUCGUCGACUUCGAAACUGUCCUUCAAUUGGACCCUAAAAACGAACCCGCCCAAGCCCAGCUUCGCGAGCUCACCGCCGAGCCACUUCCCGAUUCUCCCAGCGACCCAGACUUCGACCCCGCCGAUCCCUUGAUCACCUCUACCCUCCCCGCUUUACCAACUCUGGACCCAGACCUUUUGUCCACCUCGGACACCUCCGAUGCGAACCACACCGGCUCGGGCACACCUUGCCUCUUCUACAACCACGGCGGCUGUCUGCGGGGCAGUGCCUGCGCGUUCUCCCAUGCCGCGGACCACAAGAGUGUGCGCGAUGGGCUGGGGAAGAACGUGUGCUUGUACCAUUUAUUAGGCCUGUGCAAGUUCGGCGCCAAGUGCAUAUAUAGCCACGAGCGCAAGUGGCUCGCGGACGGGUGGUGGGACGACGCGGGCGUUGUGGACAGAGUGAAAACGAGGGUGGAACGGGAGAGGGAGGGGCGGAAGGAGCGGCGAGAGGAAAGGGAGCGGGAGAAAGAGAAAAGAAAGGAGGAGAAGGGGCGGAAGGAGAAGGGAAAGCGGCGUGGGGGGAAAAAGUCUGUCCCCGUGAAACAACAGCCCGGGACGACAGACCCGCUGACGGCGGAAAUCGAGCGGCGGAUGGCGGUGAUGGCGGCGAUGGGCAUCCCGACUGGGACGCUCUCCCCGAACGACGUGCUGCGGCAGAUGCAGGCGAUUGCUGCGUCGGGGAUGCCGCUCCCUUAUUCGCCGAUGCUGGCCGAGACGCCCGGGAUAAGUGUCCCGCUGAGUCCGGGGCUGCAGCUUGGGAUGCUGGCGCAGAUGCAGGCGGGGCAGGAGCAGAUCCGCGAAUUAGAGGGACGGAUGCGGGAGUUGAAGGGGAUGGCGGAGAGGCGUAAGGCUGCUGAGGAGGGAAUAGAGGUACCGGUGGUGGAAGUGCAGGCGGCGUCGCCGGCGGUGGGAAGUGGGGCGGGGGCAGCAUGA